UACAUUGGCGCCAUCUUCAAACAGGAGCGUUCCUAGAUUCUCGAACCUUUUCUGUUUAUUCACCUUAUAAUGUUUUAAAUGAUCUCAGAGAUGGAAGCUAACUACAAUGAAGAGCUAAAUGCUACCAAAGAGCUGCUAAAAGGUCUUAGCAUCCACCAGGAGACAACACAUGAAGCAGAGGAGGAGAAACAGUACAGACCUUCUAUCUCAGAUCACUCAGAUGAUAAUGAGGAGGACAAGUUACGGUACAACCGUUUUAUCCAAAAAGGCAAAGAGUUAGGAAGACAGGGACACCUUGAACGAGCUCUUCAGUUGUUUGAGAAAGCUUGUGCAAUAUUUGAAUCUGAAAAACUUCUCAGAAGGAUUGAAAAAAUCAAGGAAGCUAUAGAAAGGUAUAAACAGGAAGAAGAUGAAGAAGAUGAAGAGGAUGAUGGAAUGUGUGAAGUAGGUGAUGGCUUUUCUUUACCAGCUGAGAUUUACCAAUCUUUGUAUCCAUAUCAACUGGAUGGUGUCCUCUGGUUCUGGAAUCUUUACCAGAAAGGCAUGGGAGGCAUUCUUGGUGAUGAUAUGGGUUCAGAGAAGUUAGUGUUAUAUCAAGACCACUACCGUCAGCCAAUAACAUCAUCUGUUCUCAUUACCUGUUUGAUGGAUGAUGAAAUGUGGGCCUUGUUUGACUUUGCAUGUGAAGGGAAGCUACUGGGAACAUCACGAACCUUUAAGAAAGAAUACGAAGACCCAAUCGUGCGGGCGAGAGAAAGAGAUGCUACAACGUAUGAAAAACGCAUGGGGAUGGAGAUGUCAGAAAGUCUUCGUAAACUUAUUGAGCCAUAUUUUCUGCGGCGAACCAAAGCAAUGGUUCUAGAGAAGAAAAACAAAAAUCCCGAUGAAGUUGAUGGAUCAGAGGAAUCGGAUAAGGAAAAUAAAGAAGGAAGUAUCAGAAGAAUGCCUAAGGAGUUAACCAGGAAAAACGACUUUGUUGUCUGGCUCUACAUGUCCGAAAGUCAAAUCAAAAUUUACAGUGACUUUCUAGGACUGGAAAGAGUGAAAGAGCUGUUAAUGAGUACCCGUUCCCCAUUGGCUGAGUUGAAUGUGCUGAAGAAGAUCUGUGAUCAUCCUCGACUGUUAUCUACUCUGGCUUGUGAGCAGCUCGGCUUGGAUGAACAGGCCAGACUGGUGGAAAUGGACGCUGAUGAAGACGAUUCCAGAUCAUUUGCCACUCAACCAAAAGGCCUGGGGCCCUCAGACAAGGUGCUGACACAGGAGUCAGGGAAAAUGGUGUUCUUGGUGUCCCUGUUGGACAAUCUCAAGGCUGAGGGCCACAGGUGUCUGGUGUUCAGUCAAUCAAGAAAGAUGCUGGACAUUGUUCAACGGGUUAUCACUCAUAGGGGACACAAGGUUAUUCGUAUCGACGGCACGAUAACAAGUACAGCUGAACGGCAGCAUCUUAUCAACACAUUCCAGACUGAUCCGUCUUACACAUGCUUCCUUCUCACAACACAGGUCGGUGGCGUUGGAAUAACACUGACCUCUGCCGAUCGUGUGGUUAUCU